AGUUUUCCACUAGUGUCCUUAAAGCCCUAGCCAUAUAAACAGCUGGAAAGUCUCUCGGCGGCAAAUUCACUCCUCAACGGCGGCAAACUCACUGGCCAGACUGGCCUCCUCCCGCCACCACCCCUCGGCAAAUCCAGUGGCCACCAUCGCCACCUCUUGAACCCGCCAUUACAAAGUACAACAAUAGCUGCCUUUGUCUCUUAAUCUGAAAGAUUGAGUUCAUGGCUGCUUCUGCUUGGGAUAUUACAGCAUCAGAGUUUCUGCACGGUUCGUGUAGGCAAAAAUUAAUCUUGCCUAAACAUCCACCAAGGUGGACGAAUCGAUUGCUUUGGGGUACAGUCCAAGGAAAGAGUCAUUUGAGAAAAAAUUAUGACAAGGGUAUUAGGUUAAGAUCCCAUUUGCCAGUAAAGGUUAGAGCUGUGGUUUCAGGAAAUGUGGGUAGCUCAGUUGAUGAAAAACGAAGUGAGGUUGAGGGGAUAGGGCACGAAAAGGUUAUUCAUUUUUAUCGUGUACCUUUGAUUCAAGAGAGUGCCACAUGUGAGCUUCUGAAAACGAUUCAGACCAAAAUAUCAAACCAAAUAAUUGGAUUGAAAACUGAGCACUGUUUCAAUGUCGGGCUCGAUUCCAGGCUUUCUAGUGAGAAGCUCUCAGUGCUUCAAUGGGUGUUAGGAGAAACAUAUGAGCCUGAAAAUCUGGGGGCUCAAAGUUUUCUUGAUAAAGAGGUGAAGAAUAGCUCUAAUGCAAUCUUAGUUGAAGUUGGACCUAGGCUGUCUUUUACCACAGCAUGGUCGGCAAAUGCUGUGUCAAUCUGCCGAGCUUGUGGGUUGACAGAGAUAAAUAGAAUGGAGCGAUCGAGGAGGUACUUGUUGUAUGUUAAGCCUGGUAGCGGUUCUCUGCCGGACGGUCAAAUUAUUGAGUUUGCUGCAAUGGUGCAUGAUCGGAUGACUGAAUGUGUUUAUGCACAAAAGCUUACUUCCUUUGAGACAAAUGUAGUUCCAGAGGAGGUCAGACAUAUACCAGUCAUGGAGAAAGGAAGGAAGGCACUGGAAGAAAUCAACGAGCAAAUGGGUUUGGCAUUUGAUGAACAAGAUCUACAAUACUACACCAAGCUUUUCAGGCAUGAUAUUAAGAGGAACCCAACCAAUGUUGAGCUGUUUGAUAUUGCACAGUCCAACAGCGAACACAGCAGACAUUGGUUUUUUACUGGGAAAAUUGUUAUAGAUGGUAAACCAAUGGACAGGACUCUCAUGCAGAUUGUCAAGAGUACUUUGCGGGCAAACCCUAACAAUUCCGUCAUUGGCUUCAAGGAUAACUCUAGUGCAAUCCAAGGGUUUCCCGUGAAACAGUUGCGGCCAGUUCAACCUGGUUCCACAUGCUCCUUAAACAUGAGCGAACAUGACCUUGAUAUCUUGUUUACUGCUGAGACCCAUAAUUUUCCUUGCGCUGUGGCACCAUAUCCCGGGGCUGAAACUGGAGCUGGAGGACGCAUUAGGGACACCCAUGCAACUGGGAAGGGUUCUUUUGUUGUCGCAUCUACUGCUGGAUACUGUGUUGGAAAUCUCAAUAUUGAAGGGUCAUAUGCCCCAUGGGAAGAUCCAUCAUUCACUUACCCACUUAACUUGGCUUCUCCAUUGCAGAUUCUCAUUGAUGCUAGUAAUGGUGCAUCAGACUAUGGGAACAAAUUUGGGGAACCCUUAAUUCAAGGUUACACAAGGACUUUUGGAAUGAGACUCCCAAGUGGGGAAAGGCGUGAAUGGUUGAAACCAAUUAUGUUCAGCGGAGGUAUUGGACAAAUAGAUCACAUCCACGUUACAAAGGGUGAGCCUGAAGUUGGCAUGUUAGUUGUCAAGAUUGGAGGCCCAGCAUAUCGUAUAGGAAUGGGAGGGGGUGCUGCAUCCAGCAUGGUCAGUGGUCAGAAUGACGCUGAACUUGACUUUAAUGCUGUACAACGUGGAGAUGCAGAGAUGGCUCAGAAGUUAUAUCGUGUGGUCCGCGCAUGCAUCGAGAUGGGAGAGAAGAACCCCAUCAUAAGUAUCCAUGAUCAGGGUGCUGGUGGAAACUGUAAUGUUGUCAAGGAAAUAAUAUAUCCAAAGGGUGCUAAAAUUGAUAUAAGAGCAAUUGUAGUUGGAGAUAACACCAUGUCUGUCUUGGAAAUUUGGGGUGCAGAGUAUCAGGAGCAAGAUGCAAUAUUGGUGAAGCCUGAAAGCCGCAGCCUGCUGCAGGCUAUCUGUGAAAGGGAAAGAGUCUCUAUGGCUGUUAUUGGAACAAUUAGUGGUGAGGGAUGUGUUGUCUUAAUAGACAGUUUGGCUGUUGAGAGAUGCAUUUCAAAGGGAUUGCCGCCUCCACCACCAGCUGAGGACCUUGAACUUGAGAAAGUGCUUGGUGAUAUGCCACAGAAAACCUUUGAGUUCCAUCACACAGUUAAUGUGCGCGAGCCAAUUGAUAUUGCACCAGGGAUAACCUUAAAGGAUUCUCUGAAGAGAGUGUUAAGGCUGCCCUCGGUAUGUUCGAAACGAUUCUUGACUACGAAAGUUGAUAGGUGUGUCACAGGUCUUGUGGCACAGCAGCAAACUGUAGGUCCCCUGCAAAUUACACUUUCUGAUGUUGCUGUUAUUGCUCAAAGCUACACUGACUUGACAGGAGGUGCAUGCUCCAUUGGGGAGCAACCAAUCAAAGGGCUUUUGGAUCCAAAGGCAAUGGCACGACUGGCAGUUGGAGAAGCACUUACUAAUCUAGUUUGGGCAAAGGUCACUUCCCUCGCUGAUGUCAAAGCAAGUGGAAAUUGGAUGUAUGCUGCUAAAAUGGAUGGGGAAGGAGCAGCAAUGUAUGAUGCUGCCUUGGCUCUUUCAGAGGCAAUGAUUGAACUUGGUAUUGCAAUUGAUGGGGGAAAAGAUAGUCUCUCAAUGGCAGCCCAUGCAUCAGGGGAAGUUGUCAAGGCUCCUGGAAAUCUUGUAAUCAGCACCUAUGUAACUUGUCCAGACAUAACAAAAACAGUGACCCCAGAUUUAAAACUCGGAGACAAUGGCAUACUGCUUCACAUCGACUUGGCAAAGGGGAAGCGGCGUCUAGGCGGAUCUGCUCUUGCUCAAGUUUUUGAUCAGGUUGGGAAUGAGUGUCCUGACCUUGACGAUGUUCCUUACCUCAAAACAGUAUUCAAUAGGGUUCAGGAGCUUCUUAGUGAGGAUUUGAUCUCUGCUGGUCAUGAUAUCAGCGAUGGAGGGUUGAUUGUAAGUGCCCUUGAGAUGGCAUUUGCUGGGAACUGUGGAAUUUCCUUGGACUUGACUUCGGUGGAGGGUAGUCCGUUCAAAACACUAUUUGCAGAAGAGCUUGGACUACUCCUUGAGGUCAGCAAGAAACAUUUGGACAUGGUAAUGGCAAAGCUAUCUGAUGUAGGCAUUUCUGCUGGGAUUAUUGGAAGUGUAACUGUGUCACCGGUGGUUGAUGUGAGGAUUGAUGGAGUUACUUUUUUGAAUGAAGAAACUUCAGCACUGAGGGAUAUAUGGGAAGAAACCAGCUUUCAACUUGAAAAGUUUCAAAGAUUGGCUUCCUGUGUAGAAUCAGAGAAAGAUGGCCUGAAAUAUCGCCAGGUACCUUCCUGGGACUUGUCAUUCACUCCUACAUAUACUGAUGAGAAAUAUAUGACUGCCAUUUCAAAACCAAAGGUAGCAGUUAUAAGAGAGGAAGGCAGCAAUGGGGACAGAGAAAUGGCUGCUGCAUUUUAUGCUGCUGGCUUUGAACCGUGGGAUAUUACAAUGUCCGACCUCCUUAGUGGAACCAUCUCUUUGCACCCUUUCAGGGGGAUUGUGUUCGUUGGAGGUUUUAGUUAUGCUGAUGUCCUUGAUUCAGCAAAGGGUUGGGCUGCAUCUAUUCGAUUUAAUAGGCCUCUUUUGGAUCAAUUUCAAGAGUUCUAUGAACGACCAGACACCUUCAGUCUUGGAGUUUGCAAUGGCUGCCAGCUUAUGGCUUUGUUGGGCUGGGUCCCUGGCCCCAGGGUUGGAGGUGUUAUGGGUGUUAAUGGGGACCCUUCACAGCCAAGGUUCAUCCACAAUGAGUCUGGGAGGUUUGAGUGUCGCUUCACAAGUGUGAGGAUAGAAGAAUCACCUGCUAUAAUGUUUAAAGGAAUGGAGGGUAGCACAUUGGGUGUAUGGGCUGCUCAUGGUGAGGGAAGAGCUUUUUUCCCUGAUGAAGGUGUGUGGAACUCUGUUCUCAACUCAAAGUUGGCCCCAGUGAGGUAUUGUGAUGAUGAUGGGAAGCCGACAGAAGUGUACCCUUUCAAUCUGAAUGGGUCGCCCCUGGGUGUUGCAGCAAUUUGCUCUCCAGAUGGGAGGCAUCUCGCCAUGAUGCCUCAUCCAGAGCGCUGUUUUUUGAUGUGGCAGUUCCCCUGGUAUCCAAAGCACUGGAGUAUGGACAAGAAGGGGCCCAGCCCAUGGUUGCAAAUGUUCCAGAAUGCCAGAGAAUGGUGUUCAUGAGACUACUUUUCCGAAGUAUGCACGAGAAGGGUGGCGUAUAAGAUUGGCCUUGCCUCGAAGGACAAGUUAUUCAUCUCCCAUUAACAGAUGCAGUUGCAUAUCAUCUUUCACUUGGGAGCAACUCCAUUUGUUUCUUUCUGAAAUUUUGCUGGAAAGAUGAGCCUUGUGAUUAGAUCAAGGAUAUGUUUCACUUUCAUUCUUGUAAUUCACAAUCAAGUCUUUUAUCGUAAAUCUGAUACGUUAUGUAGUUUGGUGCAGGCCAUGAUGCCAGGGACUUCAACUUGUACUGUAACUUAGUGCUGGUGUUGUCUUGAAGAGGUUAAUUGUUGUUUUACGCGUAUUGUGAAAUUGUGGUCUGCUACUAAUUUGAUUAGAUAUGGUGGGGUGAGUUAAGACAUGCCCCUUUGACCC